AUGGUCGUCGGUGCCUUCCCCAUCGCCAAGCUCCUCUACCUGGGAGUGAGGCAGGUGAGCAAGCCGGUGGCGAACCGGAUCAAAGCCGGAGCCCGGAGGAGCGAGUUCUUUAAAAGCUACAUCUGCCUGCCGCCGGCCCAGAUUUACCACAGGGUUGAGAUGAGAACCAAGAUGCGGAUCAUGGGCUUUCGGGGCUCCACCAUUAAGCCGCUGAAUGAGGACAAGGCUGUGGAGCUGGGCGCAGAGUUGCUGGGAGAGGCCUUCAUCUUCCUCAUCGGCACUGGAUGCAUGGUGCUGGAGUACAGCAGGCAGGCCGCUAAUUCCCGCCGCAAAGAGGAGGAGCUGACUGAGACCAUCACAACCACGAGGAUGAUCAUGUUAACCGAGGUCAAAACAGAUGAAUUUAGACCAAUCCAUAUAAAAUAAAAUAAAAAGUGCAAGAAGCAAGAAGUGAAAAAG